CUGUGCCUGCACUGGCAGGGGGAGGGGGCUCACUGGAUCUGAGGACCAGGGCUGGGGAUCUGCUGCCUGGAUGCUGCACAGCUGUAUGUUGCUAAACCUGGGAGGGAGUAAACUGCACCCAUUCAUGGCUUUCCAGCCCAGCAAUGACUACCAGAACCCUGCAGCCAAAAGAGGGUAUUCCAGAAUGGAGGCCUCCUGUCUGGAGCUCGCACUGGAAGGGGAACGUCUCUGCAAGGCCGGAGACUUUAAAGCAGGUGCUGCUUUCUUCGAAGCUGCUGUCCAGGUGGGAACGGAAGAUCUGAAGACUCUUAGCGCCAUCUACAGCCAACUGGGCAAUGCGUACUUCUAUUUAAAAGAGUACGCGAAGGCACUGGAAUACCACAAGCAUGACCUCAUGUUGGCCAGAUCCAUUGGAGACCGUAUUGGCGAAGCCAAAGCAAGUGGGAAUCUGGGAAAUACGCUCAAAAUCCUGGGGCAAUAUGAUGAAGCCAUCGUCUGCUGCCAAAGACAUCUGGAUAUAUCCCAGGAGCAAGGAGAUAAGGUGGGUGAGGCCCGGGCCUUGUACAACGCUGGCAAUGUAUUCCAUGCCCGAGGGAAGCAGCUGUCCUGGAAUAUGCCACAGAUUCCUGGGGACCUCUCAGAAGAUGUUAAAGAGACGCUACUGAAUGCUACAGAGUAUUAUGAGAGAAACCUUGCUCUGGUGAAGGAGUUGGGAGAUAGGGCAGCGCAGGGCCGUGCCUAUGGAAACCUGGGAAACACACACUACCUCCUUGGCAACUUCAAUGAAGCCAUCGCGUUUCACAAAGAGAGACUCUCGAUAGCUAAAGAGUUUGGAGACAAAGCUGCAGAAAGGAGAGCAUACAGCAAUCUGGGGAAUGCCCACAUAUUCCUGGGAAGAUUCGAUGCGUCAGCGGAUUACUAUAAGAAGACGCUGCAGCUCGCGCGGCAGUUGAAGGAUCAGGCAGUUGAGGCUCAGGCUUGUUACAGCCUCGGAAAUACGUACACUUUGCUGCAAGACUACGACCGUGCCAUAGAGUAUCAUUUAAAGCAUCUGUCCAUAGCACAAGAACUCGGGGACCGAGUGGGUGAAGGACGAGCGUGCUGGAGUCUUGGAAAUGCGUACGUGUCUUUAGAGAACCACGAGGAGGCGCUGCGAUAUGUCAAAAAACACAUGGAGAUAUCGUGUGAGAUUGGAGACCGGAACGGUGAAUUAACAGCUCGUAUGAAUAUAGCUCAACUGAGGUCUGCACUUGGCAUGGGUUCCUGCGAGGACAAUGGGGACUCAUCUCCACAGUAUGAUGGCUAUGAAGCACAAGGUGCGAGACCCAAGAGGUUACAAAGGACAAGUAUGGACAGCUUGGAUUUAAUAAAGUUCCCCUGUGAGAAGGACCAAAAUGGAGACAGUCACCAUGCGCUGGGAAUGAAAAAGGACUUCACAACAAAACCUACGAGGAGUAAAAAAUACAGGGACAAUCAGUUUCUCACAGACCCAAAAUUGCAGGAUCCCGCCCCAGUUUGUGCAGCCGAUGUUAGAGUCCAGAUGCCCCAUCUGAAAAUCAAUCGGGCUCCUUCGGAUGAGGAAUGCUUCUUUGACCUCUUAAGUAAAUUUCAAAGCAACCGGAUGGAUGAUCAGAGAUGCACGUUAGAAGAGAGCCAGAGCGAGGUUACGGCGGAUCCGGCUAUGCCAAUCGCAGCCCUGGAAGACAGGAUAUCUGCAUCCUCGCUGAUGGCCUCGCCCCAGACAGAGGAGUUUUUCGACUUGAUAGCAAGCUCCCAGAGUCGGAGGUUGGAUGACCAACGAGCAAGCGUGGGGAAUUUACCUGGUCUACGGCUAACUCACAAUAAUAUGGGUCAUCUUCUAGUGGAAGGGGACCAGCAGGAGCCCGGGGACGAGUUUUUCAACAUGCUAAUGAAGUGCCAGUCUUCACGGAUAGAUGACCAAAGAUGUGCACCUCCAGAUUCAGUUCCCAGGGGCCCCACAAUGCCUGACGAAGAUUUCUUCAGUCUGAUUCAGAGAGUUCAAGCCAAGCGGAUGGAUGAACAAAGAGUUGAUCUUCCGUCCAAUCAAGAAGAUGAGAGGCAAGGUGACCAACAGCGACCAAGUAACAGCUAAGUUCUAGUAUAUCCUCCUGAUGGGACAGACAUCUGCCUUUUACAAAGGAAACUACCUAUUUCAGAGGAUUUAACACCACAGUGGACCUACAAGAGACAGUUUUUUUUUUUGUUUUUUUUUGUUAGAAAUCAAUGUAUUUGCAUAGCUGACGUAUAGAGAUUAAGUGGACAAAUUUGGUGGUGAACGUUCGUGAGCUAUCCGGGUGUUUGGUCAAUUAGUUAAACAGUUGUACCUAUUUUAUAGACUGCUUUUUCUAGACUAUUAUUAUAAUUGAAGCAGGAAAACGUAUUUCAAGGAUUCACGAAUGGUGAUUCCCAAGUAUUUAAUGGACAGAAAAUUGCUGCAACUCUACAGCGAUCUUAUCCUGAAGAUAAAACGGGCUACCUAGCAACGUGAAAUGCGCCGGCCACAGCCGUACAAGUUUAUUCUGCUGUAUGGGAGCCAGUAACAUAUGUGGUCAGCAGUUUGUAUUCUGUCCUAGUAGGCCUUAUUCACUAAAUGGCAAUAACGUCAUUUUAUUUUUAUUUUAUUUUUACAAUAAUUUCCUAAACAUUAGGAUUUUAGUUUGCUAGCGGUGCAGCAGGCUUUUACACAGUAUUCUUUAUUAGAGACAGGUGUCAGAAAUGAUCCCCAUUCACUCCAGAUUUCAAUAGGUGCUUGCCUCCGAAAAAGGUAAAAACACAUAAAAAUCUCAAUAACUGUCCUUCCUUAAAACAUAUUUAUUAGUUUAUUUAUGUUUACAGAUUCUGUAAUGUAGCUAUCUGGUCUAGCUAUAGCUGAGUCUCGGCAUGCUCUCAUUUCACCCGUUGAUAAUAGUCUCUCUUUUCGCAGGUACUAGUUGGUCCGUACCAGAAGUCAUUAUCGUAAAUGUAUGGUUUGCUGUGUUCAGGCUCGGAUUGGGCUGUUUAAUCUUGGCCCAAUGCUGAUUGGUGCACAGUAAUGUGUAUGUGGGUUGCUAAUGAUAUAAUUCCAACAGGACAUCUACAGCUUAUAAAUUUGUAUCUGUCAUGAAAAAUCUGACACUUUGACAAAAGCAGUACAUUUGUAAGGUUAUUACUUUUUUUUUUUUAGUUUUUUAAUUUAUGCAGUGGUGUUGAUUCACUAUACAGCGAAUUUCAGUAAAUUAAAAACCAAAUUGCAACAAUUUGCGGGGGGGGGAAAAAUCUCCAACUAGACUAAUCACAGAUUUUUACAAUUCCGUUUUCGUGUCGCUACAAUACUAUUUUUGUGUAGGAUAUAUAAUUGACAAAAGUGCAAAUAGGAAAAAUGCGCCAAAGGAGAUAUUAGGAAAACGUUUUCUAGCGAUUUCCCACCGACGUAUUCACUACAGGGAGAAUUCAAAGUACCGUGAAUUUAUAAUUUCAGAUCAAAGUAGCGGAACUAGAAAUCUUCUCUAAGCCAGUUAUCCUUUCAGUUUGACUAGUCUGGCCUUAAAUUUUAAAUUCACUUUGAAUUAUCACUUCGUUGAAUAAUCCUUUCAGUGUUUCAUUUGUAGCUAGAACUCAAUAUGAACAAAGAGAAUGGAGUCCAGAUGUCUCUAUACGAUACACGACUCCGAAGUAACUGAUAUUUCUGGAUUUUAUU